AAGUGCUCCACUGUAAACACGUGUGCGGUUAGACGCGGAGUUUCGUAACCGGAGGAUUUCGAGUCCAAUAUCCAUAAUAGAGGUUCUUUUGGGGUGAGAUCGCGUAAAUAUAAAACGUGUCGUUAAAUUCAUGGCAUUUGCAAUAUACGGGCGAAACGUCGUGCUCGGAAUGUAAAUGUUUAAGAUUUACUCUCCAACGCACCGGUGUGCUGUACUCGUAAUGAAUUGGCACGUUCUGUUUUACGUGACACCUUACUAAUUAGCUGGUGGUGGAUUCAACGACACGCAUGCAGUGCUUGCUUGCGGCGGUAGUGGGGAGCAGUGGUAUAGCAGUUAGCGUUACCAACCCGGCGACCCGAGUUCGACUCCCGCUCACGGCCAACACCGGCAGCAGCUGGCGAGGAACUUGCAAUGGAAGAUAAGUUUUGGGAGGCGGUGGAGGUGUGGGUGAGAAAGCCUCAGGUGUUGAACCGGCGUCUGUGCGGCGCCAGCGUGGCUGCCCGGGAGAUCGCACGUGGACUGGGGGCGUUGCGGGAUCUCCUGGAGCGGGGACAAUCCUCGCAGCUGAGCAGUGACGAGGCUGACAAAGUACUGCGCCUUUGGCUCAAAGGGAACUUUUGUGGUGAACGGCGAGAGCGUGCGGCGGUGGCGGCGACAGAUUCUGAAGGCGGCGGCCCAGAGUGCGACGGGCUCCAGUUUGAAGUCAUUACCAGAACGCUGAUACCAAAGGAACUCCACAAAUUUGCAAAGAUGCAGGAACUCAUUGUAAGAGAUAUUCACAAUGCAUUGUUCGUGUCGGUACCUCUAAUGGAAGAUGCCGCUGGUGUGGUGUCUGUGAGGACGUCGAACAUUUACACCGUUACAUGUGGAACUGAUGAUACAAAACAGUGGCAUGUGGAGGUGCAGGCUUGCGGGGACGGUGAAUGGCAGGUGGAUGGAGUCACGCUACCUGCCCUCGUGUGGCUGGAGACGCACUUUGUGCCCAAGCUGCACAAGUGGAUGGGCGAGAACAAGCAGAGCGACUUCCCCGACUCCCUGUCCCUGCUGCCAGUGGAAAAAUACGGCCUCCUCUACCAGCGCCUCAAGGAGAAAUACCGCAACCUCGUCAAGGUUUGGCCAGAGGUUACUGACCCGGAAAAGUUUGUCUAUGAGGAUGUGGCCAUUGCAUCAUAUCUUCUGGUGCUUUGGGAGGAGGAGCGUGCGGAGCGUGGCCUGGAAGGGCGUCAGUCCUUUGUGGACCUCGGCUGUGGCAACGGGCUGCUUGUGCACAUCUUGGCCAGCGAGGGGCACCCAGGGAGAGGGAUUGAUGUAAGGAAAAGGAAGAUAUGGGACUGGUAUGGGGCAGAAACUAUAUUGGAGGAAUGUGCCAUCACACCUGGAGACGACUUCCUGUUCACUGAUGUCGACUGGUUGAUUGGCAACCACUCGGACGAGCUCACGCCGUGGAUCCCGGUCAUUGCGGCCCGGUCCUCGUUCGACUGCCGCUACUUUGUUCUUCCAUGCUGCUUCCACGACUUCAUCGGCCGCUACCGGAGGAGGAGCUGCCGUCGCAGCCAGUACCGCGAGUACCUGGACUUUGUGGCGGAGAUCGGCAACGCCUGCGGCUUCCGUGUGCAGGAGGACACCCUCCGCAUCCCCUCCACAAAGCGGGUAUGUCAAGUGGGCAAAACCAGGAUGUACCCACAGAGCGAGGAGGCGCUGCUGGAGGAGAGGCGCGCCGACUUCAUCAGACGGAGGGUCGGUGGACAGGCCUGCCGCCCUCCUCAGCCAUGCAGCGGCCACGUAAAUCAUCGCCAGCAGCCGAGACCCAGCCCCGCUCCGCCCCCUGGCUUCUUGUCAGCACAAGAGCCAGACAUAAAAAUACCGGGUAAAGUGAUGUCCGAUAGUCCAGGAAGGCGGAAAACUGCCUCUCAGGAUGUUUUGCACCAUCAGGCAAGUGAGCAUGGUGAUGGGAUUUCAGUCGGUGUGCAGUCACUAGCUGAUUUUGCAAGUGAAGUGGACACAAAAACUGCAGACUUCCCACACUGCACUCUUCAGCAGCAAAGCAGCAAUGAGAACAUUAACGGUACAUCCUUCUGCGGCAGUAAUGUACACACAGAUGCUAGGUUUUGUAAUGUUGGCAAAAGCAGCAAUGAUGUUUUCAUGAAUGAUACGCUUGAUUCAGCCCAUUGCACGACCUUAGACCUCGAGGCCGAGCAGAAAGGAGAAAGAGUAGGCGAGUUUCAUCGCAACCUGCUCAUCAAAGAACCGGAUGCAGAGCACAAUGAGCAACCAGCAAGUUCAGACACCCGGCCUGCCGGGGGUUGGCUCGGCGAGUUCCGUCCUCGUGAGAGGGAGGAGAGGGUGAGGAACUGUGUGCGGCUGCCUUUGGGUCUGGUGGAGCGUGUGGUGGAGACGGUGGCCAAGGCUCUCUUGGCUUCCACCGAGGAGCGAGUGAACGACGGCGGGACGCAGGAGUCUUCACCACACUGGAAUCGAGGAGGGAGCAUCCCGCUGGAAGGAGCAGCUAAGUUGAUAGAUGGAGAGACACUGCAGCAGCUUAAGUGUGAAUGUGGAGGCCUGAAAACCCUACUGAAGAACAGCCAUCAAGUGUUUAUAGUGUUGCAGAGUCGUGUCCAGCUCAGAGACUGGAGAAGGGAGCAGGUGGUUAAAAAACCCAAGAACAACAGGAAGAAAUCGGCCGCCGAUUGCUACAAGACGCGGGUGUGCUGGUUUUACUCGCACCACCCUGACGGGUGCCCCAGAGAAGCCUCCUGCUGCCCCUACGCACAUGGCCUUGAGGACCUACACGGACAGCAAGGGCAGGGACGCAGUUGUCCUCAAACCACGUGGUUUUAACAUUUACUCAUUAUCAUCAUCCACUGUGAGGUGGAUGCCUUCCCACGCUGUUGGCAUCCCUCUUUUUUUCUGCGAUGAUGACAAAAUCCAUCCCAUCUCGCUCCUGGACUUGAAAUGUAUUUCAUCGCUCCAGCUCUGCGGUGUCAUCAUGUUGGGAACGUUAGGGUUUGGUUGCCAUCACUUUACCAGUGUCAUCCGUUGUCCCAUCAUCAUGUCUAGUGGUGGGAUGUGUGGGGGGGGGGGAUGCCAACUUUUUUUUUAAAUGGGCCUGAGUGAUCAGCCAUGGAAAUAGUAGACUUUAAUUUUUAGUUUGAUCAAUCGACUCGACGUCCCAGCUGUAUUUAAAAAUACUCGCCGUCGGUUGGGGUGUUUAAUGUGAUCACUUCUCACGUCCUGGGCAGUGAGACUGCUGACCUCAUUGCAGAGACGUCACCACUUGUUGUGUUACCGUUGCGGAUACAGAUGGACUUGUGAUAAACCGGUUGUGGUUUUACAUGGAACCAUUUUCUUUAAUGGUAUGUUUGUAAACAAUGAUGCAGAUAAAUUAAAUACACCAAACGAGUAA